AAGUCCUCUUCAAGAAGCUACAGAAACUAAACUUAGUAAAACCUGUAAACAAGAUUUUUGCUCAGAAGGUCACCAAGCUACAGGCUACAAAAGGAAAAACAAGCAUAUAGCUAGAGAGAUUAGCUAA